AUGUCGACGAUGACGAGGUUUCAGGAUCCGCUUGUAGCAUUCCCACCAGAGCUUGUGCUGCGCAUAAUAUCAGAAUUAGAUGUUAGCAGUUUAUCAGCGAUGCGUGAAUGCAGUAAAUCUUGGAACACAUUUGUAGACGUACACGAGGAAGUUCUUUUCACGCUUAUUAGAGAUAAACAAGGUAGAUUGUUUGAGGAUGCAUUGAAUACACUUGAGAGCGUUGGCGGGGGAUACGAUAAGUGUAAUAAUUGGAGAGAUCUUUUCAUCAAUGACAAUAAAGUUCAAUCUAAUAUCAAAUCUAAUCAUCCAAAGAUUUUUGAGCGUUUCGUAAACACUGGUAUGACCCUUACUUGGAGAUUUAAGCCGGAUUUUGAUUUGAAUUUCGUUGUCAUCACUGCACAUCAAGGUGGAGUCAAAGUCUUUGAUUUAAAUACUUCAGAAGCUCUAUGGGAAAUUCCAGAGGAAGAAGUACGCCCGCACGCACACCUCGAAUAUUCCAAUGGUCACUUCUGUAUCGAUCGCUUUGGAAAUGCUUUGGAGGUUUGGAGGAGAAAUGACAUUGAAAAUGCUUAUAGAGGUGAGCAUGAUGAGAUGCUCCCAGAGAAUCGUGGUCAUUUCACUCGCGUUGCCAUUCUACCCCAUGAAAGAGAGACUAGAGGUUUUCAAUUAGACUACCCACACCUCUCCGUUGUUUCUAGUGAAGGUCACGGAUAUCUCUACGACGUAUCAGGCACACCUAGUUUAAUCCGUCAGGUUGAUAUCGAACGAGGCGCAAUUGGUCACCUCGAUCAGUGUCCAGCUGCUAUUGUCUUCUCGAUUGGCACAAAUGGCUAUCACUUCCACAGCAAAACUGAUGGUAGACUGAUGGGUACAUUUCCACCUCAGGAAAGCAAUCUCACUCCUGCUAACUACUUCCACGCCCAUCACCCUCAACCACCAAUGCCAGGUGGUAGCGCUGGUACUGAGAAUAUACCUGCUCCAAGUCAGCAUGUCGAGAAUACACGACUCGGAAAUGGAACACUCCAAGAAAAUCCACCUUCGAGACCUAGAACGCACGAAAUGGCAAGUCUUCAAGGUGACGAUUGGGGAGCAGGUAUGAUAGAUGGACCGUACUUUGUCGGAAUAAGUAGGUCAGGUAGAUUAGUACUGUGCUCAGAUUGGGAAGCUACACUCGCAACACCCUCAUUGGCAUCGCAAACGGUCAGCGUACUUGAGUCGGAGACUGAUGACUCGAGGUUUGAUCUCGGAGGCUGGCUAAGUGUGAGGCACGGAAAGGUGCUAUUCGAAGUUUCUGAUAGGAUAUAUAUCCUCCAUUUACCACCUCAAGGAGAGUUGUUAAAUCCAGCGACAGCACCACCAAUACAAACAGUACCUUCAAACUCAUACGCACAACUUCCAGUGCCGAUUAGUUACAUGUCGGUGCACUCUGAUGCUGUCAUGUCUACAUACGCCACACUACUAUUCAAUGCGGUGAGAAUUGGAGUGGCGAAACACAUAAGAAUUCUUUCAUUCGCAGGUGAAGUGGAUGAUAGUAGUAAGUGGAUAGAUCCGCAGUCUCCUGAAAAUGAGGAUCCUCAUAGAAAUUUUAUACUGGAAGUAAUGCAAGAUAAUGCCAACAUGCUGGUACCAGAAGAUGAAGAUGAAAUAGAGAAUAUAAUAGAAGAUUUUGAUCAAGACGAGCAGGAUUGGGAGGAUGUAAGUGAGGAGAACUCAUCCGCAACUCAACUUUCCUCUCCUCCAGCCUCACCUGCUCAUCGAUUCAUUUCUAUCCACGAAGCUUCUCAUUUCGAUCGCAGGCAAUCAGCAGCUCAAGCAGCCCCAGGAAUUCCAAUUACUCCUUCCUCUGAAUCUUACCUACCAUUUCCACGUUCAGCUUCACCAGCACCUGCAACUCUAGCCCCUUCUCCAUCUCUCUCACACGCCGUCGUUAGCUCCCCGCUAGCUGUACACGCAACUCUCUCUCCACCAGCCACACCUUCACUAGCAAAGAGACCUCUCAACCCAAUCACUCAUAGCCCACGUUCGUCCAUUGCCUCUGUUACUUCCCCAACCCACAGGCAAUCUAUGGCUCUCGCUGUCUCUUUGUCCUUGGCUGGUAGCGUCGCCUCUUCUAGAUGUUCCUCUAGUUCCGCUCAAUCUCGUCUUUCUUCUAGAAGGUCUUCUCUCAGUGACUACCCUUCAAAAUGGUCAGAUGAAGGCGGUGACGAAAGAGACAGCGACGAUGAUCAAGGCUGCGAUAUUUUUAAACUCGGUGAUGUCUUUGGUGAAGGUUACGAUUUUCAAGGUCAACCUGUUAGAUCUGUUGAAUUAGGCACUCAAACUCAACAAAGAUUAACUGACAGACCAAAGAAGAUGGAAGUUGUUAAAAAAUUAGGUACUGGCUCUUACGCUGCUGUUUACGCGAUGAAAGAAAUUCUUCAAUCCGAUCACGAUUCAGAUGAGGAUGAUUUCGAAUUAUCUGGCGUACCUAACAAAAAUGUUAACAAGGGUGGACAACCAAGAAUGUUUGCUUUAAAGGCUUUAUCAAAGAAGAAUCUGGAUGAUUCUCAACUUGAAAUUCAAAUGUAUGAGGCGAGGAUACAUCAAUCUCUACCGGUAAACCAAAACAUUGUCACGCUUUAUCACACACUUGAAACUUCCAAUUGGUUAUUUUUGUUGAUGGAGUACUGUCCAGGUCAAGAUCUUUACUAUUGGUUACAAGGUAGAUUAGAUGAAUCUAGUCUGGAUUUAGAUGAAGAAUCUGAUCAAGAAGUCAGCAUGUCCAAUGAAAUGACUCCUUCUGCCUCCACGUUAGCUGCUACUCCUUUAGCUAGAAACGGUCACUCUCUAAUGGAUAAAUAUUUGGGUGGAGUAGGCAACAAAACUCCUUCAACUCCCUCUUUGUUGGCAAAUGUUGACACAAGAAAUACUAUGGAAGGUAGAGCCAGACUCAGACUCAUCUCAAGAAUGUUCGAAUCAAUGUGUGAAGCUGUGGCAGUUUGUCAUGAUAACGGUAUAAGUCACAGAGAUAUCAAGCCAGAGAACUUUAUUGUGACUGACGGUGUGGAUGUCAUUCAACUUGGCGAUGGUAGAACUAAAAAGGAGAGAAAGGUUAUUUGCAAGCUAACUGAUUUUGGUCUUUCCACCUUCGAUACUCAGUCAUCUGACUUUGAUUGUGGCAGCAAGUCAUAUAUGGCGUUUGAAUGUCGCAAUAAUCUUAACCCAACUUACAAUCCAAAACCAGCUGAUGUAUGGUCACUUGGUAUAGUACUCCUCAAUAUGCUCUUUAAGCGUAAUCCAUGGGGCGAACCAAGUGUUGAAGCAGAUGAGUCAUUCGACUACUAUUGCCAGGAUCCUCAAAUGUUCUUGACUGGUGCAUUUGCUUUAACUGAACCAGCAGCUGAAUUUUUGGCAAAGAAUGUCUUAUGUGAAGAGACUAAAGAUCAUCAUAGAGUUGGUGCUCGAGAGUUUGGUAGAUGGGCAAGAGAUUUACAUAAGCAUGUAGAAUUGCCAAACCAACCUAGCCCAUUAUCAAAUUCCAUCAGACCAGCUGUACUUGGUAAUAGUUUUACACCCUUGAAUAUACCAUCAAGACCACAAUCACCUGUCAAGCUGUCUCGUUCAGAUGUACUUAACAACAACUUUUCAGAGAUUGCAAACACAUCUUCACCUAGACUUAACAAGGUUGCCACAGGAAAUGAAGACUUUGAUCCAGAUUUGGAUGACACUUUACCUUCUCCAUUACCAAUGCCGGAGAGGAAAUUGGAAUCUGAAAACGAAAUGAAUAGAAUGGUUGAAGAAGCUACUCCAAGAGUGACAAAAUCGUCACCAAACAAGUCUGCCUUGUUAGAAUUUGAAGACAGGGACGACAUUACACCGGGACAAAAAUCAUCAAUGUCAUUCCAGAAGAACAAACCAACUAAAGUACAGAGAGAAAGUUUCGAACACACGACAACACCAACGAUGGCAACUGCGUGGAAUUCAUAUGGACAACGUAGGGAUAGAAUUGGAAAAAGGCAACAAGCUGCGAAUCAAAGUGGAGGUGGAGGUGGAAAUGUUACACCAAAUGGUUCAACACCAUCAAACCACACAAGUCCAACAAAAUCUACUACCCCAAGUAAACCGGGAUUCAGACCUUUGAAUACAUCAGCACCUGCUCAAGGUGGGAUAUCGAAGGAAGCACCUAACAAACCCGUUGGAGUUUACAGACCACCAGCUGCUAGAAAGGAAAAAGAUAAUAAAGAGAUAGGAUAUGGGGAGAAGAAAGUUUAUAACAAUGGGAACGUGAAUGAGAAUGCAAAUACAAACAAAGAUGCUACCACUGCUAAUGCUAAUGAGCAGAGGCAAGCAGAAUUACGUAAAAUGCAAUCGCAAGUACCGUACAAGUCGUCCAGUUUUAAGACCGGUCCUCACAAGCCAACAACAAAAGGCAACAACAACGGAUACCAAGGUGCCAAUCAAGCCACCAAAUCGGCAACCAAUUCGUCGACGCAUAGAGCAAACGAGAGCGGACAAAGAGCGAUUGCGUCAAGACAACAACCAACAAGAGAAUUGGAGACCGAUAGCCAACAAACGAGCAAAUCGUAUAACAAGCACAAACCGACAAAGACUUUUGAACACAUCCAGCAAGCGCCGAAAUCAAGCAGGCCAUUUGCAAGGCUAGUUGGAUUACCGUUUGGACAUGUUCAUAGUGAGAGAUAG